AAAACAACCGCGCCGACGACUUCGGCUUUAUGACGCUCGCGUAAAAUUGACAAACACAUUUUCGAGCAUGUGCUCGCUACUACGAUGUUGCGCUACGCCAAUGUUUUCGUAUAAAUAUAAACGUUCCCCACCCAAACACAAUAGUCAAGUUCAAACUUUCGUUGGAUUCGAGACGUAAUUUUGUCGGAAAAUAAGUCAGUAAUCAUCAUUAUAAAAGUAAAUUGUGUUUCAAGUGCAAAUUUGAAGUUUGGAUAAUUCUCAAAACAUUUUAGUUUUCGCAAAUUGUUAGGUUGAACGGUCGCAACUGCUGAUAUUGCGAUUCUUGCGCAACAAAUUGUAAAAUAAAAAAAAAUAUUUAAUUUGUAAAUAAGUGUCGAAGAAAUUUUUGAUAUAAGGCGAUUAAGUGAUUUAAACAACCAAAGUAUAACUCAAAAUGUCAGCAUCACCAACUGCUCGUCAGGCAUUCACGCAUGCACUGCCAAAAACUAAAAAAAUUUUUAUCUCGGACCCCAUUCAGAUGCCAGAAGUUUAUUCAUCCACUCCCGGCGGCACACUGUAUUCAACCACACCUGGAGGAACAAAGCUUAUCUAUGAACGCGCAUUCCUCAAAGAUUUGAGAGGUUCGCCCCUAAGUCAAACACCACCAUCCGAUUUGCCUACAUGUCUUCUUCGCGGAACCCCACGCACACCAUUCCGGAAAUGCGUUCCGCCGCCAGUCGAUUUAGUAAAGAAGGCACGGUCAAUGAAAAUAGAAGACCACGAACAGUUCCAGUUGGAAUUGUAAUAUUUCAAGGCAGCAUCAGCAAAAGCCAAAUCAAUUCCAAAAUACUGCCAUGAACUCGGAAACUUAUUGAAUAAGGCUCUAGCUGAGAGGAAGCUUAAGAAUAUACAUUACAUACUCAUAAGUUGUACCGAUAAAGGCAUCCACAUUCGCGUUCUUUUUAUUUAUAAAUAGUCAUGUGAUUUAUUACGAUUUUCGUUUCUUUUUAUAUUUAUUUUAUAAAACUUCAAAAUUGUAAGCUUUAGUUUAAAUCCCUGGUAAGAAAUGAAAAACAUUAAAUACUAUCAACUUUCGGUCAUAUUGACCGGUAUAAAAUGUUAAGGAUUUUGUUGGUUAUCCAACAUUUGUGAUUUUAUUUGGAUCAUUAACAUAAUUAUAUUUAGCUGAGUGUAUUGUGUACAUUAGAUAUAAGCAAACUUAGACAUACAUACAUAUGUACACUUGUAUAUAUACUUUUGGUUAUUGGCCAAAGCGAAAAUAAAAGUCAAAACUUCUUAUUU